AUGGAGGUGCAGGUUAAACGGUUAGGAUUUCAGUACGUGGUUCUGGAUGCUAACAGGAAAAUGGCUGCGGAUAAAGUUAAAGACAAGUUCUUGGCCUUCCUAGCACUGUUUGGAGACUUUGGAGUUGGCCCUCUAGCAGUUCCUCACCACCCCCAAUCCUCCCCCCCCCCCCCACAGGGUGUUGACAUUCGCCACAACAAGGACCGAAAGGUUCGGCGCAAGGAGCCCAAGAGCCAGGACAUCUACCUGCGGCUGCUAGUCAAGCUGUACAGGUUUCUGGCCAGACGAACCAAUUCCACCUUCAAUCAGGUUGUGCUGAAGAGGUUAUUCAUGAGUCGUACCAACCGGCCACCUCUGUCCCUGUCACGCAUGAUCCGAAAGAUGAAGCUUCCUGGCCGAGAAAACAAAACCGCUGUGGUUGUGGGGACAGUCACGGAUGACGUGAGGAUCCUGGAAGUGCCCAAGCUGAAGGUAUGUGCGCUGCGGGUGAGCAGCCGGGCCCGAAGUCGCAUCCUCAAGGCUGGGGGGAAAAUCCUCACCUUCGACCAGCUGGCUCUGGAGUCUCCCAAAGGCCGAGGCACUGUGCUCCUGUCUGGUCCUCGGAAGGGCCGAGAAGUGUACCGGCAUUUUGGCAAGGCCCCAGGGACCCCACACAGCCACACCAAACCCUAUGUACGCUCCAAGGGCCGGAAAUUCGAGCGUGCCAGAGGCCGAAGGGCCAGCCGAGGCUACAAGAACUAACCCUGGAUCUGUUAUUAAAAAGCUUUGGAUGUUGA